GGGAACAGAACCAGGGUCCGAAUGGCAGUCCCCAGCCCUGGAGCUGUUGAGACGGCCUCAAGGAAAAGGAAAGACUCCAGGUGAUGGAUGCUGGGAGAAGAGCCUGUUUGGGUUCCAGGUGCCGCGAAUUUCGCUUCAAGAAAUCCAAACCCCAAAGAAGUCAACAAAGAACGAACGAACGAACGAAAGAAAGAAAACCAGACCCCGGAGGAAGGAAGGAGAGGAGAAGGAACAGCGACUUCCUUCUCCUUGGCGCUGACUUCCAGGAAAUCGGCAAUACUCACCCGAGCCCCUGGACUACGGGCAUUAAACCCAAGAAGUCAGCAGCCGGGAGCAUGGUAGAGGCAGCAUUAUUACAUGCCUCUGGCUAUGUGGCUCACUCUACAUAGGGUUUGUGCACAGGGAUCUGAGUCCCUACUGGCAUAUGCAUCUAUCUGUCACGGUCCGCGCCGGGGAAGUUGACGGCAAGGGAAAGUCGUGGAGCACACAAAAGCUGCCUUCUAUUUUCCACUUCCCCCAGGAGCCAGAUGCGAGGCUGCUGCGGAAAGUCCCGCGAACAAUGGGCUGAGCGGACGCAGGCCAAUUGUGCCCGGCACUGUACACCGGGGAAGGGGGGGGGGGCGGAUAUCAGAGAAAGGAAGGAUCGAGAAAGAAAGAGAAGCAUAGAGGGGAGGGAAAGGGAGAGAGAGAAAAGGAGAAGCAGAGGGAGGGAGACAGAGAGGUGAAGGAAAAGGAGAAAGAAGAGGGAAUGGAAGAGAGGAAGAGGGGAGGAAAGGAGGGAGGGAGAGAAAGAGAGGAAGAGAAAGGUGAAGGGAAAGGGGAGAGGGGAAGAGAGAUUGGGGGAGGGAAAAGAAGAGUGAAGAAAGGAAGGGGAGAGACAGAGAUACAGAGAGAUGGAGACACAGAGAGAGACAGAACAAACUGAAAAACUGAAGGUGCCAGAUCUGGAACUAGUUUAGAGAAGAUGGGGGAGAAAAUAGGAAGGAAAAUAAAAAAUCCAGUAGAUCUCUCUCUCUCUCUCUCUCUCUCUCUCUCUCUCUCUCUCUCUCUCUCUCUCUCUCUCUCUCUCUCUCUCUCUCUCUCUCUUCUCCCCUUUCCUCACUCUUCCUCUCCUUCUCUCCCUCCCUCUGUCUUUGCCCCCAGUCUGAGAAGAACUUAUGUGGCUAAGAUGCGGGGGCCCUCGGGUGUCAAAACUUUGAAGAUUAAUGGAUUACUUUGUUAAUGACUCCAGGCGUCAGAUUGAUUUGUGAGGUGCGAAGCGUCUUCCUGACAGUCCCAAACAAUGCUAGGAGUGUGCGGGAGAAGAAGGGAGGGCAGCAAUCGGCUAGAUCAGCAUCCCAGACUCACACACUCACUCACUCACUCUCUCUCUCUCUUUCUCACACACACGCACGCGCACGCGAGAGCACACACACACACACACACACACACACACACACACAAACACACACACCGAUCUUGCUUCUUUCGGAGGCCAGCGGCCCCCUUCCUCUCGUACUCCCACCCGAGCCCCUCCACACCCACACCCACCAAGAUGUAUUUUUUGCCUUUAAAAAAGUGUAAAUAAAGCCUCGCUAGCCCCCAAUGAGGCGUUCCUUCCCGACUUUUUUGGAUCAAUCAAACAGACAGUGGCUUCUUUUGAUUAAAGCCCAAAUUGUCAUUGGGCAGAAGCAAUCAUGUGACAGCCAAUUCGGUCCAAUUUCAACCUUGUCUCCAUGAAUUCAAUAGUUUAAUAGUAGCGCGGUCCCCAUACGGCUGUAAUCAGUGAAUUAGAAAAAAAACACCCCAGCAGCGAUCUUCUAUGAGAGAUUUUUUUUUCUUCUCUCUCUCCUUUCGCCUGGGCCUUCCCCCCGCCCCCCUUAAGCCCCUCCAGAAGAGGGAACUUUUUCUCCGAGGGGGCUCCGAGGAGAAGGCCAUGAAUUACGAAUUUGAGCGAGAGACUGGCUUUAUCAAUAGUCAGCCGUCGCUCGCUGAGUGCCUGACAUCUUUUCCCCCUGUCGGUGAUACAUUUCAAAGUUCAUCAAUCAAGAGCUCGUCGCUUUCACAGUCGACACUGAUUCCUCCUCCUUUUGAGCAGACCAUCCCCAGCCUGAACCCGGGCAGCCACCCUCGCCACGGUAGCGGCGGCGGUCGCCCCAAGUCGAGCCCCGAUGGCAGCAGCGGCGGCGGGGGCAGCCCGGUGCCCGCCGGCGCCCUGCAGCCCCCGGAAUACCCCUGGAUGAAAGAGAAAAAAGCUUCCAAGAAAACCGCUCUGCCUCCUGCCUCCUCGGCCUCCGCCUCCGCCACUGGACAUGCCUGCUUGAACCACAAAGAGUCCCUGGAAAUCGCAGAUAACAGCAGCGGGGGCUCCCGGCGCCUGCGAACGGCGUACACCAACACCCAGCUGCUGGAGCUCGAGAAGGAAUUUCAUUUCAACAAGUAUCUGUGUAGACCUCGGAGGGUGGAGAUCGCAGCCCUGCUGGAUCUGACUGAGAGACAAGUGAAAGUCUGGUUCCAGAACCGCAGGAUGAAGCACAAGAGGCAGACCCAGUGCAAAGAGAACCAGAACGGCGAAGGGAAGUACAAGAGCCUGGAGGACCCCGAGAAAGCCGAGGACGACGACGAGAAGUCGCUCUUUGAGCAGGCCCUCAGCGUCUCGGGGGCCCUCCUGGAGAGGGAAGGCUACACUUUUCAGCAGAACGCCCUGUCCCAGCAGCAGGCGCCCAACGUGCACAAUGGCGAGUCCCAAAGUUUCCCCGUUUCGCCUUUAAGCAGCAAUGAGAAAAAUCUGAAACAUUUUCAGCACCAGUCACCCACUGUUCAGAACUGCUUGUCAACAAUGGGCCAGAACUGUGCAGCUGGCCUGAACAAUGACAGCCCAGAGGCCCUGGACGUCCCCUCUUUACAAGACUUCAGCGUUUUCUCCACAGAUUCCUGCCUCCAGCUUUCAGAUGCCGUGUCGCCCAGUUUACCAGGCUCCCUCGACAGUCCCGUAGACAUCUCAGCCGACAGCUUUGACUUUUUUACAGACACACUUACUACAAUUGACUUACAGCACCUGAAUUACUAAAUACAUUAAAAAAAAAGCAAAACAAAAAUCCCUUUGGGGGGUCGCCUUCUCUUUUCCCGGGAGCUGAUUUUUAGAAUUUCUUUCAUUUGCCUCUCUCCUCCCUUUUCUCCCUCCCCCAAAGUGGCCAGGCAGGGGUUCUGCCUAGUCCCUCCCGGCCCAGUUCCAGAGCCAUCUUUGCAGGGUAAACGAAGUGAGCGGUGUUUUGGAUUGAACCCAAAUGCCCUUUAGGUGAUCCCUUGAAAGCAAUAUAUGAGGCCUGUAAGAAAGCGAGCCUAUCCCGGGGCGGCGCUUUCUUUUUAUUUUUGUAUUACAUUAGGACGCAUUGUCAUAAGUAUUUUUGGUAGAAGAAAUCCUCCUUUGCUACGAGUAACUUUCUUAUCCCCCUCCCCCGCCCAGACUCCUAGCGCUUCCCUCCCCUCCUUUUAGUCUAACUUGGUCAAUAAAAUUCUGCUCACAAGCUCUCUUCUUUGAUUUCCAUUCGAACAUAUUGGGCAGGGGGAGCAGGCCGUCUCUCCGUGGAGCUUAGGCGACAGGAAAGGGCCGGGCUGGGGAGAGGCCUAGCUCUCCUUAGCAGAGCCUCCCGAGGAGGUACAAGCCAUAGACGGGACCCCGGAAAGGAAGGGGAAUGUGGAGCUGGAGUUUCUGAGAGUGGAGCCUUGCCAAGUGCCUCGAAAAUCCGCCCCCUUUCCGUGCUGAUUGUGGAGCCCAAGAAAAGACCACUCCGAGCGUCUCUAGGGCCAGAGCUCAGUUCCAAACAAUUCGUUUAUUUCUACACCUUUGUUUCAAACAUCUACAUUCCAAUGAUGCCGGCCGCAGCGGUCCCGUCCGAGCCAGCCAAAGGAGCUCCGCUAGUGGCCCCGCCGCGGCGAGGUCCCCGGCAAGCCGACCUAAAAAAGAGGAGAGAAAAACAAACCAAAUCACGGUUACAGGCUGCAGCGGACCUUUCCGAGGGCUUCUUCGUGGCACUGGGCCGGCGCAGGCCCGCCCGGAAUCGUUUAUUUCGGGGUAGGAAACGAAAUUAAUAUUCCCUGCCUAAACCAGUUCGCACGCACGGCAGAGAAGGGAUCCUUGCAGCCUGGAGGUCAGGUUAGCCAGCUGAAGUCUAAAAUGGAGCGCGGCUCCGCGCGCCAUCUUCGAAAGAGCGCAGAUUCCCAGGGCAGAGUCUACCUAUGAAAUGCACUUUAAAUGAACGCCAAUAAAAGACGCUGUAGGGCU